AUGGCGAACGUUGGAGAAAGCGUUUGUCACAAUGAUCCUAAUUUUUCUGUAAUUUGCUCAUUUCUUGACAAAUACAGCGAAUUACUGGGUUUACCUCCAAUAUCGUUUCAGGAUCUGCAACGAUACUUAGAAGAUACAAAGGAUGUGUCCAAAGUGCUGAUUGAUCUUCAUGUCUGGUUGUUACGGAGAAUUGGUCGACACAGCGUCACUGCCGAACGUUUGGACAGAAGUCUCAUCAAGUUUUGCCACUGGUUCUCUGAUGUGGAUGCGUGGGAAGUGGAAAGAUUUGGAUACAAGCACUCAAAGCUCAGCACAAAACUGCGCAUUCUGAAGAACUUGUUGGAAAAUCAAUUUGAUAGCAAUGUCAAGUUUAAAGACAAGAUCAAUGAACUGGAGCCGGAAAAGAUGCGAUUCCAUCCCAUUGGCAGAGACAAGAAUGGAAUGGCGUAUUGGUAUCUCUUGGAUCAAGACUACAACGUGUUGGUGUACCGCGACGAACAGGAUGAUGUGGACGAUGAGACCUGGGAGCUUGUCUGCAAAGACCGUGACGAUUUAGCAACGCUGAUAUCGAACUUAUCGCAGAAUAAGGAACUGACAAACAAAUCAGAGGAAAACAGCUCAUCCAACAAAAGCAGUAAAGAGGGAACCCCCGAAGCAGAAGGUCAUCCAGUGACCGUUAAAACCGAGGAGUGCGGUUCUUUCCACGAAGUCAAGUGUGAAUCGGAACUGAAAAUGACGAUAAAGCUGGAACGCCUCAGUGACAGAGAUAUAAAGACUGUAAAAGAACUGAAAGUUGAACCUGAAAAUGAAAACAAUUCUAAAAGUAUAGUAGUGAAACAAGAGCCGGGAGCGAAAGAGGAAUCGACAGUAGAAAAUAAGACCGGAGAAACAAUGGAACAGAAGAAAGAUUCGAACCAGGAUGAUUCUGCUGUCAAAACAGAACCAAGUGAAGACAUCAAAGCAAGCGUUGAGAUCAAAACUGAAAGUGCAAGAGAUGAUUUAAAACCAGAUGAAGGUGUUGAGGAGUGUGAUGUAAAAACCAAGACUGAUGGUGUAGUGAAAGAAGAAAAAGUGGACGGUGAGAACAAAAAGGACAAGGUUGCUCCUGAUAAACGUGAAUCCAAAGAAAGUGAAAGUGAAAGUAGUCCUGCCAAAGAAAAGCUGGUGGCGGACGAUACCAAACUUAAUGACAGUGGUGUGAAAGACCCCGAGUCCGUUACCAGUGAAGGAAAACAAACUGAAACAACCGAAUCUGAUGCUGCCAGUAAGUGCAGCGAUACCUCAAAGACUCAAGAAGUUGAUGGAAAAUCUCCAGAAUCCUGUGACCAAAAUGGUACAAAUUCCAGUACAUGUAUAUCAGAUAGUAUGUCUGUGGAUCAGAAAUCCGAAAAAGAAACCAUCAAAGUGUCGGCGUCAAAUCAAGAUGACGACAGUAGUUGUGUAUCAGUUGACCCUGAUAAAAGUGAUGAACCAAAGAGCGAGGUCGAAGUGUUGAAAGAUGAAGGUGGCCAGGGAGAAUCGCUGGCAGAAGAUGUCGACAAAACCAGCAAUAAAGACUCUGUUGAUAGGACAGGAACUACAGACACCGAGACAAAAGAAAACUGCCGUAAUGCCGAUUGUGGUGAUAGCGAAUCAACACAGAAAAGCCCUGAAGAUGGUGUUCAAGAGAAUGGUGCUAAACAUGGAGAAGCUGUUGUAAGUAACUCUUUAUCAAAGGAAACCAAAACCUCAGAUAAUGAUUCCACUUGUGUGAAGGAAUCUGUGAACAAAAAGGAGUGUGUUUCAGGUGAUAAGCCAAAGAAAAAAUCGCUUUCAAAACCAGAUAGGAAUACUGAACCAAAAGACCGCUCUUGUGGCGAUGCCAGUGAGAAAAAUGAUGUUAAAGAAAGCCGAGGCGGUACUGAAGAGCCAGAUUCGACCAACGUUGAUGCUGUGGAUGGACAGAAUGAAGCAGUAGAUGGACAGAAUGAAGCAAUGGCCAACAGUGUAAACAAAGAAGGAACAUCUGAAAAACAUCAAGCAGACGCCAAUAACCUUUACGAUGAUGGUAAACCAGAAAGCAAAAUGGACGACAAGCAGGAUGUUAUGGAGACAUCUGGAGCGGCUAAUUCUAGGACGAGGCCGGCUAGGAAGAGGUCUGCAAAGACGACAUUGCCAUCAGAGGAACACAUGACAGGUGAGGUCCCUGAAACGAGGACGAGAAGGUCCACACGGCGGAGUUCGUCGCAGAAGGAAAAGAUUGACAUGAACGGAGUUAACGAAAACCAGUCGUCCGGUGCCCUGGUGGAUGAUGCAGCAAAGGACGGUGGGAAAGAGCGGAACAAUGUCAAAAGAAAGGCGGUGGCCAUAGACAUGAAUGGUAAAGACGAUUCAGACGACGAGGAAUCGGAGGAGGAAUCGGUGAAGCCGAAAGACGUUGCCAAGCAACAGAAGGUUAAGAAACCGGGUUCGAAGCGGUCGGCGGCCGAAGUAGAGUACAGAGAACCUGCCGAGAAGAGGGCGAAGAGGGGGAGGGGGGCGAAACGAGUGGGCGCCACGAGGGCGAGGGCGAAGAGGAAGGUGGCCGCGUCGGAGGAAUCAUCUGAUUCGAGCGACAGCGACGACGUGCCCCUCAGUGUGAUCAAGGGCAAGGACAAGCCUGUGAGGGGCGGCAGGGUCUGUAAGAUUCAGAUCAGAAAACCCAUCAAGAAGGACUUCAGCGAUCAAGUUUCAGCAGCCAAGAAGUCGGUCAAGUCCAAGAAAACGAAAUCGUGCGACAGCAACACCAGCGACGAAGGUGAUAAACCCGUACAGAAGAAUCGGAAGCGAGGCCGAGGUUCGGCCACGAAAAGAAAAGCUCCCGCAGAGAAAGAAUGUAACUUAGCCGAUCAGCCGAGACGUAGUCUGAGGGCAUGUGUGGCGAGGAGUAAACUCGUGGUGGAGUGUCUGUCAGAGGAGGAACAGACCUCGUCAUCCGAGGCCAGCUUCAACUCCCCAUCCCCCACCGACUCGGACGACAACGACUUCUUCUGUCCCAAGGGAAGAAACGCACAGAGAGUAGCGGCUCGCAUAGAGAGUAAAGCGUUUCAGCCCGGUCCCGAUGACACACCUUGCUGUAGAUGUCAGCUGUGUGAUCACCCUGAAUGGAUGUUGCUGUGUGACAAGUGUGACGCGGGGUAUCACACGGCGUGUCUCCGGCCACCGCUCAUGAUCAUUCCAGAUGGAGACUGGUUCUGUCCUCCCUGUGAACAUACAUUUCUCAUUGAAAAGCUUCAAGAGCAAUUGGCUAGCCUUGAUGUAUUUCUGAAGAAAAAGGCUCGGCUUGUGAAACGGAAGGAGCGCCUUGCUUUUGUUGGAAUUAGUCUGGAUAACAUUCUCAAAGAGGAUACACGAAAGAGCAACAUAUUGCGGGAAGACUUCGAAGAUGACGAGACCUCGCGGUCGUUUGUGCCGAAGUCGAGACGGGACAGGAGGAAAGAUCGGGAGCGGGAGGUUGACUUUGAACCCCUGCCGGAAGAGGUGUAUGCCAAGAGAUCAUGCAGGAUGAGGAAGACGAUGAAUUACAACUUCACCGAGUACGACGAGCUCAUCAACAGCGCCAUACAGGAGGACAUCCGAGACGUCGACAUGUCACAGCCGCCAGGAAUCGGUCGUGGUAAAGACAUGUUUAACAUAAUGCAGGCUGAGGAAGCAGAAGAAGCAGAAAAACAUGAGGAAGAACUGGAUGGGAAACCCCCACCGGUCCUCAGUCGAGCGAAGAAACAACGCAAAGGUCGACGUCUCACGCAGCUCGACAGUGACGAUAAUGACGAUGACAGCGAAGAGUUCCAGUUAUCAGAGGAGUCUGUAUCGGAGGCAAGCCCUGAGGAGGUGGAGGACGAUGCGAGCGAUGACAGCGAGGACUGGCGGCCGGGGCAGUCGGCCGCACGAUCGUCCACCAGGAGGUCAAAACGGACGUCACGCGGCCAGUCCAGCAGGUGGUCGUGCUACAACAAGGAUUUCGUUGUCGAUGAUGACUAUGAAAGCUCCGACAGCGCUAAAAACCGGAGGUCAACAAGGUCAAAGGCCAAGAGGCAGGUGAAUUACCAGGAGCUCAAUUCGGACGAAUCCGAAGCCGUCGAAUCGUCGGAAUCAGAAGAAUCGGCGAACCUGUCGGACCUGUGCUCAGAGGAUUCGGAUCAGAAAUCGAAGAAGUCCAACCGAAGAGUGAUCAGGUCUGACAGUGAGGAUGAGGAUGAGGCAGAGGCAGAUGGUCCAAAACCAAAGGAAGUUCCCCUUCGCAAGAAACCAAAACCAAACCCAAACCUGGAGAACUCGGACUCGGAGACGAACGAGGAGUCGAGUGCUGAAGAAAAAAACCCACCACAAAGACCGGUUAGGAAGUCGGCGGCUAAAGUGAACUUUAAGAAAUUCGAGGAAUCGUCUUCGGAAGACCUCUCCGAGGGCGAGGCCGAACCGGCGAAAAAGAAGAAGACUGUGUUGAAGAGUGAUUCCGAGAGUGAAAACAAUGAAGAGGACAUGGAUUCUAAGGCAAAGGGUGAAAAGGAAACGAAAGAUAGUGACACUGAGGAGGAUACAGACGAGCUGGAUACCAAAAAAGAACAUGUGAAGGAUUCGGCCGGUGUAGUAGAUGUGAAACAAGAUGAUCUGUUGCAAGAUGAUGGAGACAAGCCAUCAGAAACUGUGAGUGGGAAAACCGAGGAAAACAAACCAGCAAGCGGUGAAGUGGAAAAGGACAGUAAGGUUACUGGUGGGCUUGGUAGUCCUCAAGCUCAUGCACCAUCACAAGACGGUCAACCCCAGGGUUUUCCAGGUGUCCAAGAUGGCCACCAAGUGUACAGACCCAUGGGUGAGUCGUACGGUCUCCAGGGGAAACCGGAUUAUCCUCAUUCGUACGGACCACCUCGUCCAUACAUGCACCCCCAGUACGGACCACCUCAUGGACCUCCUUACCCACAAGGACAGCACGCCAUGCCACAGAGACCACCACAGGCCAUGGGCUCCCCACCCCAUGCUCAUGCAUCCCCCCAGCAACUGCAAGGGCCACAUCCUCACGGGACCCCACCACAUGGCAGCAUGCAACAUCCCUCUAUGGGCCCCCAUGGUCCUCAGCCAGCUCCUUACCCUGGGGGUCAGCAACACAUGGGUCAGGGCUACUACAUGCCGGGAGGGCAGCCGCGGGCUCCUGGUCCUCAGGGUAUGAUGAGUCCCUGUGGAAGUCCACCCCACGGUCCCCAUCCCACCCCUCAACAACAACAAAUGCAACACCCACCACAUGGGACGCCACCGCAGGCGGGAGCAGGUCAGUCCCACAUUUCCCCACCUCACCACUCUAACCCGCAGUCCGGUGUGAGCCCACACGGUCCCAUGCCACACGGACCGCCAUCGCACCCGCAUCAGUACGGGCCUUACCCGAACAUGUACGGCCAGCCGCCUCCGGGACCUUACCCUGGAAGCCCCGGGUGCCCGAGACCUGGCAUGCCGCACCCCACACGACCGCAUAUGUCUCCACCCCUGAGCCAGAUGUCGAUCCCCACAAGUCAGCACAUGCCCCCGUCGCUUCCCCACAGCCAGUCUGGUCCGGCCAGGCAUCCCCAGAUGAACGGUCCAUCGCGGCACGUGAUGCCUCCUCAUCUGAAUGGACCUCCGAGCCACAGCUUCCAGUCCUUGCAGAGGCCCAGUGUUCCUCGUCAAAGUCAGCAGCAGCAGAGUCAACCAGUGAAGCAAGACUCGAGGACCCUGAUUGAUGCACCUUCAGUUCCUCCUCAAGAAAUGCCAAGACAUCCGCCAACAGCACCACCACUAGGAGCUGCAGAGUCGGCUCGGGGGUCUCAGCUUACCCCGAUGACCGACGCUGCAGGUGCCACUUCGUCUUCAGGGAGUCGCGGCUUCAUGAUGGACAAUCUGCUGAAGGACAGCGGGGGGCAGGGCAGGAAGGAGCCCGCCACAGGGGGGGAGGAUGAUGAUCUGGAGGAUGUAUCGGACAUUGUUAACUAUGUCAUGAACGAUGAUUACUUCAAGGACCACACAUAGGUCCUGUGUGUUAGUUCUUAGUUCCGCCGUGCCCCCUCCCCCCAAGGGCUGAAAACUGGAAAUGAUUAUGUUCACUGUGAAUGGUGUCUACUUUAAUGAUUAUGAUAUAGGUCUUUGUAUUGUCAGUUAAUUAAUUCAAGGACUGUGUAUUAAAUGAGGGGUUUUUUUUAUACUCAAGCAUUAUAUAUAUGUCUGUAAUAACUGUUUUUCAGUUAACUGGGUUUUUGUUUGUUUGGUUUUGGGGGGUUUUAAGGGGAGGAGGUGUCUUCAAGAAUCAUACACAAGUCUUUGCAUUAGAUGCUAACUAUUUUAAGGACUAAACAAGGGUCUUUGUAUCAAAUAGUGAUUUUGGGGGGAAUGUUUUUUGUUAAUUCAAGCAUUAUGCAUUUGUCUAUACUAGCUGUUAACUAUUUCAAGGUCCACACAUGGUCUUUAUUUUAAUUGGAUUGUGGACAUUUUCUUUUACUUCAGGAGUCGUACAUAUCUCUAUAAUAGUCUUAAGGGGACAGACCCUAGUUUUUAAACACUAAGGCAUAUUUUUUACCUAGUCUAGUUUCAACCCCUAAAAAUGGACACUAAGUUUGGUUAAUUUAUAAAACUGUAACAAAUUUGGAUACAACAGAGUAAAACGAGUCUGUGACGUUGGAAUACCCUUAAAUAUAGAUUAUAACGCGACUCCAUAACCGUUACUUCUCAGACACGUGUUUAUAAAAAUAUGAAAAAUACAUUUUGUGGUAUUAAAAACACCAGGGCCCGUGCUUAUAAAACUUAAAGUCUAGACUUUAAUAAAGUCCAGACUUUAACGUAAUGCUAUAUGAAUGGCGUUGCCAUGACGUUAAAGGCUGGACUUUAUUAAAGUCUAGACUUCAAGGUUUAUAAGCACAGGGCCUGGAUGGCUAGAAACACCGUUUGUACAGAAAUGGAUAAUCUAAACCAUAAAAUAUAAGUAAUGUUUGAUUUCAGUAAUCAUAAACGGCUCUAAUAGUGAAAUAUAUGUCUUAGUGUUUAAAGACUAGGGUCUGUCCCUUUAACUAUUUCAAGGAUGACCCACGUGGAUCACUUUCUUAACUGUUGUUUGCCACUUUACCUCUCAACAAGGACCCUUAUUUUCUGCUGUACUUUCAAGAGUAUCUCCAACUGUUACUGUGUUUCAUUUGUGAAAUGCUGAACUGAUUGAUAUCUAUACUAAAUUAUUUUAAUACUUUAUUCAUCCAAGAGGAAAAAGCUGAUAUUAGGUCUUCCAAUAAUCAGGGGUUCUAGAAUUGUUUUUAAAUUCACUUGCCAUGGGGCCAGUGGAUUUGAAAAUUCACUGGCCAUGGUGAAAAAUUCACUUGCCCAAUUUUAACUGUUUAUAAAAGUGCAUAAAGUCAUAUUCACUUUCAUUACCCAAUAAUUGUUAAACAAUUAUUGAGUAAUGAAAGUGAAAGUGACUUUUUUGAGAGUACUGAAAAAACAACUCGUUGAUGUAAUUUUUCAGGUUUUUGUCUUAUUUAACCUCUCUUUUUUAUUUUAUUUUAUAUUUUUGUGGUGGUUUUUUUGUUUGCAUAAAUUAAUGUUAAUAAGAAGACUGGAUUUGAUCUGAAAACCAGAAAAAAAUACCUUUAUUUAACUGUGUUGCAGGUUUUCAGCUUUUUAAGAUCUUUCAGUUUUUAGGUGGGUUGUUUUUUUCUUCUAAAUGGGCAUUGAGUGACAGUCCCUUAAAAAACAGUCAUCCAAUAAGCAUGGUUGAGAAUCCCCAAUCUCCUGAAAGAGCCACAAACCGGUUUAUCUACUCCAACAACCUUGCAGAUUUAUUUUUAAAGUGUCCGUGGCUUGUCCAAGGUCCAAGAACUACGCAAGUGUUUACAUUUUGUCAUGGUGGUGAGGUGUGGUGCAACUCAGCCAAAUACUAGCCAAAGUUAGUUUUUCUUCAUUUAAGUUGGUAAACCGUAAUAUUAUUGUAUAGUAUAUAUGAUGCUGGCAAAUAGCUUAGACAUUUAUGUUGGGGUGUUGUUGGGUUUUUUUUAAUGGUUUUUGUUUUUUUUAAUGUUGGGGUGUUUUCUGCACACAAAAAAACCAAAAGGAUCAGGCAUAAAUUUGCAAAUGUCCUAUCUUUUAUACUUAUUUCGUCUUUUCUUUUAUACUUAUUUCCGUGCUUAUAUCUAAUUAAGGUUCAAGCACGCUGUCCUGAGCACACACCUCAGCUAUCUGGGCUGUCUGUCCAGGACAGUGAGUUAAUGAUUAGUUGUUAGUGAGAGAGAAGUCGGUGUAGUGGUCUUACACCAACCCAAUGAGCCGUUAAACGUGCUCUGGGUGGGAGCCAGUACCUGGAUGUGAACCCAGUACCUACCACCUUUAAGUCUGAUGGCUUAAUUAUUAGUUAACUUAUACGGUCUUCUCCUGGAUGUUUAUGAAAAUAGUUCAUUAAAGUGUAGCAGGUCAGCUAGUGUUGAUUAACCAUGUCAGUGACUUUCAAAAUGGCCUGCUCACAUGGUUGGUUAACACUAAGGCCAAAAGAAUUCUGGUCUCUGGUCAGCUUGUGCAGCGAUUUUGACCCUCGCACAUCAAAAAUGCUAUGAUGUAAAACCACAUUUGGAGCCAAAAAGUCAUCGCACAUGAACUAGGACGUGAAUUCUGAUUUCAAUUUAAAUAUGACCCUUAUUUCGGUAUCAAAUAUAGCCACCUUUUCUGUGCAAUCCAAGCUUUUAAAAAAAAAGACGAAAGAAAACAAAAGCUGCAUCGCUGCAUCAA